CGCCUCCUCAACCCCACCCUAUUAGUGAAUCCGUGGAUUCGUGUUUGUUUCAGCUGGAGGUCCCUGCUGACUCGCUGCGGGGACCAUGGACGACAAUAUACUCGAGAUGGAGUCGGACAACGAGGACUUCGAUGAUUCGAAACUGGGCAUGAUACACGAGGAAGUUGUGUACCCUGAGGAGUUUUUACCCACUUAUUACGCUAUUAAAGCAGAAGUGCCAGCAAACAAAACAAAUCUGGUUGACUACAACAACCAGCCGGACUCAUUGUUCUUCAACGACGGUGUGAGGAGUGUGGACUUCAUCCUGGUGUACGAAGAUGAGGAGACGAAACCGCUUGACAAGAAGUGCACAGUCAAAAGACGCAAGAAACGGCGAGAGUACUUCGAGAGCUGCCUGAUGCAGAUGGGCCUGGAGCUGGAAGCAACGCAGUCUGUCCACAAAGACAACCUCGUAUAUGUGAAAGUUCACGUGCCGUGGGAGGUACAGUGCACCUACGCCGAAGUCCUGCACAUCAAGAUUCCCAUAGCUUUCAACGACCACACCGUCCAGUACUCCAUCGGGAACCUUUUCGACUGUAUCACCAAGCACUUCAAACCCAACGAGAAACUGAUAAAAAAGGAAGCAGACUGCUACACCGCACCCUAUCAGAAGGAACGUCAUGGGUGCUUCCUAAAGAUGGACAAGGAAAAGUACUUCACCCCAUCCAUGAGGAGCAGAAUGGCAAACUUCAUCCUGUGCAGAGCUCCUUAUGAAAUCAGAGGGAAUGUAAAAAAGUUUGGUAUCACCAAACUGCUGCGUAGUGGAGUUUACAAAGCUGCCUACCCACUACAUGAUUGCAGAUUCAAUGUCAAGUCCACAGUGGAAAGCUGUCCCAACGAGAGAUAUCUGCUCUACAAGGAGUGGGCUCAUCCCAAGAACUUCUACAAGACACAACCACUGGACCUCAUAAGAAAGUACUAUGGGGAGAAGAUCGGCAUUUACUUCGCCUGGCUGGGUUUCUACACCAAGAUGCUGGCUUUUGCUUCUGUGGUGGGACUGGCCUGUUUCUUCUAUGGAUACCACAUUCAAGAAAAAAGCACAUGGAGCAAAGAGGUGUGCGACCCCGACAUUGGAGGAAAGAUUGUAAUGUGCCCUCAGUGUGACCUCUGCAACUAUUGGAUCUUAAACAGCACCUGUGACACUUCAAAGACCCUUACUAUAUUUGAUCAUUUUGGAACGCUGGUGUUUGCUGUUUUCAUGGCAGUGUGGGUCACUGUGUUCCUGGAGUUCUGGAAGCGCUACCAGUCGCAGUUGGAGUUCGAAUGGGACACAGUGGAGUUUCUGGAGCAGCAAGAACCAUCUCGCCCCGAAUAUGAUGCCGAGUGUGUUCAUGACAGGAUCAAUUCUGUCACAGGGGUGAAAGAGAAGGUGCCAUUUACAUUCUGUGGACGAUGUUUUCGAAUCUCAAUAGGAAUUGGGACAGUCCUGUUCUGGAUCAUGCUGAUCGUGGCGUCCGUCGUGGCCAUCAUUAUCUACCGACUAGCUGUUUUCUUUUCCCUGUCAAUCACACUGAAAAACCCGGGCAAUUUUACUACUCUGGAGCCCCUUAAAGACUACGUAACGCCGCAGAUGGCCACCUCCGUCACAGCUGGCCUCAUUAACUUCGUCGUGAUCAUGAUCCUCAAUACUCUUUAUGAGCGGGUUGCAAUCUGGAUCACGGAUUAUGAGAUUCCUCGGACCAGAACGGACUACGAGAACAGCUUGACGCUGAAGAUGUUCCUCUUCCAGUUUGUCAACUAUUACUCCUCAUGCUUCUACAUUGCUUUUGUAAAAGGAAAGAUAGUCGGCCACCCCGGUCAACCUGUUUAUAUCCUGGGAAAAUAUCGGAACGAGGAGUGUGAUCCCGGUGGCUGUCUGAUUGAGCUGACCACUCAGCUCGCCAUCAUCAUGGGAGGGAAAGCAAUCUGGAACAACAUCCAGGAGGUCUUGCUACCGUGGCUUAAGAAUCUGAUCUUCCGCUACUGCACCCGGGCGUCCGAUAAGAAGGUGGAGCCGCCUCGCUGGGAGCAAGACUUUGAGCUUCAGCCCUUCACAAAACUCGGGCUCUUCUAUGAAUAUCUUGAGAUGGUGAUCCAGUUCGGCUUUGUGACGCUGUUCGUGGCCUCUUUCCCUCUGGCUCCGUUUCUGGCUCUGGUCAACAACAUUAUCGAGAUCCGAGUCGACGCUUGGAAAAUGACAACUCAGUUUCAACGCAUACUGCCUGAGAAAGCCCAGGACAUUGGAGCUUGGCAGCCCAUUCUUCAAAGCAUCGCCAUAUUGGCAGUCGCAACAAAUGCCAUGCUCAUUGCGUUUACAUCCGACAUAAUCCCACGGCUGGUUUACUACUGGUCAUUUUCUGUGGAGGAAGGUUACGGUAACCACACCAUGAGCGGCUUCAUCAACAGCUCCCUGUCUUAUUUCAACACCAGUAAUUUCAGUCCGGCCACAGUAACAGAUGCAGUCGAGCGACCUCGCGACAUCACCAUUUGCAGGUAUCGAGACUUUCGGUUUCCUCCUGGACACCCCAGACAAUAUCAGUACAACAUGCACUACUGGCAUGUGAUUGCUGCCAAAAUGGCUUUUAUAAUUGUUGUAGAGCACGUUGCGUACCUCACCAAGUUCAUCCUCGCCUCCGUAAUCCCAGACGUCUCGUACACCACCAGAGAACAGCUCAAACGAGAGAAGUACCUGACCCAAGUAAUCCUUCACGAGGUUAACCUGAACCUGGUGUCCAAACGCUUGAAACCGGCUGUACAUGACAUGUCAAGUCACAUGGCAAGAAACAUAGACAAUGAACUCGAACUCUCAGAAUACUGACAGAAACACCCUGCAGCAGGACACUUUGGUUCACUUUGGUUCACUUUGGUUUUUGUUGCUGUUGUUCCGACAAUCCUUAGCAUCCUGUGAAAAAUGAAUAAUCUAAAGCUAUACCUGGAUGUAUUGUGCUCUCUGAAGGUAAAUGCAUUUGUUUGAAAAACGUAAAGACUAAAAGAAAUUAGGGAAUCAUUUCUUCCUCCAUCUCUAACCACUUUAUUUGGUUUAUCAUGAUGGUUAUUUUUGAGCCAGUAAAUAAGGGGAAUGUUAUAAAAUAACUGAUAACAAAGAGUGGUGAGUUUCAAACCAGUUUCCUCAGAUGAAUUGUAGCCUUUAAAUAUUUAACUGGUAGAUUUUGAUUAAUUUGAGUCCCAGUAGUUUUAUGCAACAUUUUAAGCUUUAUCAAAGUACAUGUUAACACAGAAGGGUUACACAUACUUUGCUCAAAUGGUGUCAUAUAAUAUCAGUAUUGAAUUAAAAAUAACAUGCAACAACAUUUGAGCUAACCAUAAUUUUUUGUUUGUUUUCUUGUAAUUUUUAUACUCGAUUUAAAGGCCAAGGUGAUCUGUGAAACAUUAUUAUAUGUUACAAACUUAAAGCCACCCAAGUUUUUAUAUUUACAAAAGUACAUUUCGUAAGCUGGUUUGAUCUGGCCAAAUGUUUUUUUUAUUUAAAUUAGCUUCCGCUUUGAUUGCUGACAAUUGUAAAUUUGUAAUUGUACACCAAAGCUCUAUGCAUCCUGUCAAAUGGGGUCAAUUUUUUGUAAACCUUUAACUGUUGUGAGAAUAAUCUCUCUUUCUGAUGCUGUAUUUAUGAAUAUUGCAACUUUUCUACUCCUUAAAGUUACUUUGCUAACCACUAACUGUCUGUUACCUCCUCGAAUAAGAAAUAAUGCACUUGAUCUUUAGUUAUGCAUUUGUGUACAAGCCAAAGUUGUAUUAUUACCUGUGUUGAUCAGUGGUACUACAUCCAUCAUAUAUGCAAACAAUAUUGUUUCAGUAAGAUUUUAUAUAUUUUUGUGUUGUCACUCAUAUGCUGUUAUUAAACUGUUUUGUUUUGUUUUAAUUAUUAUUUAACAAGAAACAAACACUUGUUUUAUUCCAUUAACCCUGUGGGAUCCUUUUACUCUGUGCUUCACUUGCAAUUUUUGGAAACAUAAAAUUAUAUUUUGAACUCGUCUCAAAA